AUGACGGAUGGUCUAAACCUCUGCUUGAAUAGGUUUUCAGUUAACAUAUAUAUAUAUAGUGAAGAUUAAUUUUUUUAUGUCUUGCAGUCUUUAUGCUUCAAGUAUUAUACUCAUUUUGGGGCUUUGUCUCACAUUGUUCAUGCGUGGUGUUUCUGAUCACAUCAUGUUCACCUUGUGUAAGCCGAGGGCGGUUUCCGGUUGAUUUGAGGAUCUGAAACUCGAGCAUUGUGAGCGGAGGCAUUUUGAUACAUUACUCUUCAUCCUACUGAAAAACGAUGUUUGAGAGUGUGUCCAUUCGAGUAAUGUGUUUGAUGGUGUUUUUCAGUCAAGGAUGCGGGGCUGAGGACACGAGGAAUGUUAUGGGUUACAUCAGCGAGUCUGUUGUCUUGCCAUCAGAUGCUGAUCCCUCAUGGUCUCUUAGUACAAUUCGUUGGUCUAUCUAUGAAAACUUCACAUUUAUUGCAGUCUUUCAGAGCAAAAAAGAGAAUGUUGACAUUUUACCCUUAUUCCGUGGACGCCUUGAGCUGAAUACGUCUUCAGGCAAUUUAACAAUUAAAAAUGUAUCAUCCAGUGAUGCUUUAAAAUACAGAGUGGAGCUGAUAGGCAGAAUAGCCACUGAAAGGAAGACCAGCUUUGUUCAGCUUUCUGUUCAGGAACGACUUGGUAAACCAAGCAUACGUCUGCUGCGCAGUUCCCUGGAUUCAGGGUAUUGUGUGAUCUCUCUUGGCUGUUUAUCAAAGAACAGUAAAGUUUCUCUUUCUUGGGAACCUGAGCAUGGCUUCAAUGAACCCUUCUGGAGCAGCAAUCAGGGAGACUCUGGUGAAUCAGUGCUGUGGACAUCUUUCACACCCAACCGGGUAGUAACCUUCUCCUGUACUGCUGCUGCUGAUGACCGUCACCAAGAAUCAUCCAACAAGAGUGUGACAUGUACAGAGCCAGAACCAAGAAGAAACAACACUCCGCCUGGAUGUACUCAACCAAUCCAUAAAAGGUCAGAUGAAAGAAUCUCUGUAGGAUUCAUUGCAGGAUUCAUUGGAGCAAUGUUUGGAGGAUUUCUUGUAUGUUUGAGUGCAGACUUCUUCCGGACAUGCAAAGAUGGACUCUGUCAACCCAGUGGUAGUUCUGGUUCAAAGAUCACCCACGAGUGUCAUCCAGGAAGUGAAAACACAGUAAAUGACGCUGAGAAUCCUAGAGAAAGGGACGGACAGAGAGACAUUAACAAAAGUGAAACUCAAGAAAAAGAUGGAGACAGUCAACCUGUUUACAACAACCUUUCUGAUUCAGAAAUGCCACUCCAAGUAAAUGAUGCUGAGAAUCCUAGAGAAAGGGACAGACAGAGAGACAUUAACAAAAGUGAAACUCAAGAAAAAGAUGGAGACGAUCAACCUGUUUACAACAAUCUUUCUGAUUCAGAAAUACCACUCCAAGUUAGUAGAGAAAAUUAAAUGACAUAGAUUAAAAUGCCUAGAGAGAGGAUUUUGUGGUUUAGUUUGUCAGUCAUAAUUUCUAGAGCAAGCCAUGUUAAGAUUAACAAUUAGUUUAUUAGUUUUCAAUACUAGUCAAUUGUCUUUAUGCAGUAAAUGAGGCUGUGUCUUAGAGAAAGGGACAGACAGAGAGACAUUAAUGAAAGUGAAACUCAAGAAAAUGGGAAGAGAGAGAGCACGCCAGCCCCUUGAAUUAUUUUGCAUGAAUCUAGCCCAGUAGUUGUAAUUAUAAAGUCACACAUAAUUACAUGAAUGAUCAGGUGUCUGUAAAUUACAGUAGAGGUCAAAAUUUGGUCUGACAAUGGGUUUGAAGGGUAUGGGCUGGCCCUGGUUGGUGUGACACUCCUGGCCUGAACUUUUGCCCCAGUCCAACCAUGGUGUACAGCCUUAUUUACUGUAGAGGGAUUAAUAAAAGUUUCUUAUCUUAAAAAUGGUAGCCUAUAUGAAAUAGAAAUAUAUUGUUUCCUUGGUAACUUGGAUAUUUCAGAUUAUUACUAUUUAUAAUUGUAUGUAUUUUAAUACAACUCCUGGCAAAAAUCCACUUUGGAGGAUUUUUUUUUAAAAACUUCGUAGCAAAUAAAAUAAUUUUUUUUAAAAAUCACAGAUUUACACACAACAACUUUUGUUUAAUAGCUGAAUUCUGGCUUCGUGAAACAUUUUAAUUAAUUGCACAUUUUUUCCCAGCUCAAGUAGAGGAAAAAAAUAUGGAAUCACUCACUGUUGAGAAGUUUAAGGAAUCACCUUGUAAUUUGCAUUUCUAAAGUCUAAGUCUAAAAAUGCAAAUUAGUUUGCAGUUAAAAGAGAGAGUCCUGACAGACCUUAAGAGUGCUUACAGACCUUAACCUUGGACUUUUUGAAAGGAAACAUGGCCCUAACAAGAGAAUUGUCAAUUGAAACAAUGGAAAGGAUUAUGAAACUAUUUCAAGAAAUCCAACACGGAGGGUGGCAAAAGAUGUUGGUUGUUCCCAGUCAGCGGUGUCUAAAAUUUGGUGCAAGUAUAAACAAAAUGUGAAGGUUAUAAAAGGAAAACAUACGGGUAGACCAAGGAAGACGGCAACUGUCGGGAUAGAAAACAAGAGCAAUAUGCCUUGAAAAUAGAAAACGCACAACAAAACAAAUGAAAAACAAAUGGGCAGAAAUGGGAGUCAAUGUUUGUGAAGUGUAAGAAAUCAGCUGAGUGAAAUGGGUUUUACGUAUAUAAAAGCAAAACUAAAACAAGCACUAACACCUAAACAGAAGAAAACAAGGUUAUAGUGGGCUAAAGAGAAGCAAUCAUGGAGUGUGGAUAAUUGGAUGAAAUUGAUAUUCAGUGAUCACGAAUCACAAAUCUGCGUUGGCCAAGGAGAUGAUGCUGGAACUUUUGUCUGGCGCUAUUUUAAUGAAGCAUAAAGAUGACUGCCUGAUGAAAACAAUAAAAUUUCCCCACUCGUUUAUGAUAUGGGGUUACGUGUCCGUUAAAGGACUGGGUUGGGGGGGCUCAACAGUCGAUGCACAGGUGUACAUUUAAAAUUUUGGACACUUUUCUCAUUCCAUUGAUAGAAUAUAGGUUUCGCGAUGAAGUAAUUUUCCUUAUGAUAAAAUGAUGAUCAAGAAUUAAAGCUUUUCUUCAGGAAAGGCAGAUCAACUCAAUGUCAUAGGCAGCAAACAGUCUGGAUCUCAGUCCGAUUGAAAAUUAAUAGUGGAAAUUUAAAAAUUGGUCCAUGGCAAGGCUCCAUCAUGCAAAGCUGAUCUGUGAACCACUAUUCGAGAUAGUUGGAACCAGCUUGAGGGAGAAUUAUUUAUUUAUUUAUUUAUUUAUUUAUUCAAAAAAAAAAGUGUAGUCCAUGCCUCAAAGAAUUCCGGCCGUAAUAAAAGCCCAAGGAGGAACAACAAAGUACUAAAUGUGAUGUUUUCGUUGAUUCCAUAACUUUUUACUUUACUUGAUCUGGAAAAAAAUGCCAUUAAUUAAAGCAAAUUUAUAAUUUGUUUGAAGUAUGUUUCACAAAGCCAGAAUGAGCUAUUAAACAAAAAUAGGUUUGUCAUAUCUUUCAUUUGUUUAUAUGCCAAGACGUAAAAAAAAAUCUAGGUGAGCAUCCUCUGAGUGUGGUGACUCCAUAAUUUUUGACAGGGCUUGUAAAUAUAUAAAUAAUAAUGAACUACUUUUUUCCUUUUGUGUUAGUCUGUAACCAAGGAUUUAAAUGAAGAAAAUAUAUUGGUUAGUACAGAAAGAUUCAGGGUGCUGGUGGUACGAUUUUAGAUCAGUCAACAAAAAUUGUCAAGCAGCUAUAGUUAGUGGAGGGAAAAGGCAUAUUAUAGUGCAAAAUCAAGAGAGCAAGGGUUAUACCCAUCCUGAAGAAACCACUCUGGAUCCCUCAGACAUCAACAACUACUGACCAGUGUCACCUCUCUCUUUUCUUUCCAAAAUCCUCUAACACACUGUCUGCAAUCAACUGUCUCUCUAUCUCUCCCAGGACAAUUUUCAGGAUCCGGAUCCGAAUUCUUCAGUGCUAAAAGCUCAUUAACUGAAACUUAAUCCCAGCAAAUCUGAACUGCUUUUCAUCCCAGGUGCUUCAUUCCCACAUCAGUAUCUUGCAAUCUCCCUGGACAACUCUCUGAUCUCACAACAUCAGAAGGAUUCAACCAUUAUAUCCACACAGGCCACUCAAGUGCUUGUUCAGUGUCCUGUCAUUUCGAGACUGGACUACAAUUGCAACUCGCUAGUGGCAGAUCUGCCUCUGAACUCCACUGGACCUCUGCAAUUGAUCCAGAAUGCAGCUGCACAACUUGCUUUCAACCUUCCUAAGUUCUCCCACACCACCUCGUUGCUACUCUCCCUCAUCUGGCUUACUGUAGCUGCCCUUAUCAGAUUUAAAACACUGCUUGUGUACUGUUACGUCCCAGGGCGUAAUUUUGUUUUACUAGUUGUGUGCAGUUUUUUUUGUUCUCUCUCCUGCUCUCUCUUUCUCACUCUCUUAAGUGCAAAGCUUAAUGGAGACUACCUGACUCUUUUUACCAUCAAUGGCUGGUUUGCACUGAUUGGCUGCUGGAGCAAGGGCUUAUGGAUAAAUCUGGGGAGGAAACUCAGUUUGAGGAGGUCGUUGUUUGUCACCGGGCUGCUGAGGCUGGCUUGUCCUGUUACAGACGCUUAAUUGUUAUUUUGUUAAUUGUUUUCUCCUGUGAUUGGUUGGAGCGCGAGGAAGGGAAGAAUUUUGUCAUUAAUUUUCUUUUCUUGGCCGUUUAGAAAGUACGCCCCCCUCAAAGUCAUAACUUUUAUGUUUGUUAUUUUGGCCUGGUCCUUUUUGAAGCUUCCCUUUUUUGUAUGUGAACUUAUGAAAUAAAUGUUCUUAAUUUGUUACAAAAAUCUGUGAUUUUUUUGUGGAGUGCUGGGACAGGAGAGGAGAGCUCUCAGUUGCCUUUUACAUUUUUUUCCUUAAACUUACUUUUGCUAACAUAGGUAUCCAUGUUACUCACUCCUUGAUCAUAGACAGCGGAGGCAUGUAACACUACUAAGCCAAAAACGCUCCCCCACCCACUUACUUCAAUGCACUUAUCACACCCUGCAGUGCACCACACUCCCUCUAAUUCUUUAGCACUGGUCCCAGAAAAUAUGCUUCACUUCUUAUGCGUAGGCUAGGAACAGCAUACAGUAUGUGUGACGCAAAUUUCGUCAUCGGCAGAGUACGCACGUACUGUAGGUGUGCCACCUGAUUUUUUUUACUUUGUAUGCGCAGGUUGCACAUGCUCAUUUAAUUCUUUUGCACUAUUUAGUUGUUCCACGAGGUGGCAACAGUGACUCAGGAUUGUUGAUUGUCAAGGUAGUUGAAGAAAAAACGGAAGAGACAGAAACGAGCACAGGUUAGAAAGUACCAAAGUUUGUAUAGUGCUAGACUUAUACACUAAGGAUUUGCAUAUGGGUGCUAAUUGUGGUGAGAAAUUGUCCAAGCAUUGUUCUGCGUGUUGUGAUUCUUUUUCAUUCUUCACACCAGAAGACCUACUUAACUGCUAUGUACUGACUCUUGCAGGCCAGGAGGGGAAGUGUAAGCUUAAAUAAAAAAUGACAGACUUGAUCCAUAAUUAUUGGGUAAUGUGGUUAUGUGAUGCUUAAUAUUAUUAAUGUAGUAUAGAUACAACCAAAGCCAUGCUAACCAUGCGUUAUUAAAUAAUUUAAUUAAAACAAAAAUUCAUAGGGUCAUACCAUGUGGCAAUUUGUGACAGUAAAACAAAGCCAUUCUUGAUGAAAAUAGAAAAAUAAGUCAAUAAGAGAGCAAAGUGGAUAGUAUUCAGUACAUUGCACAGCUGUUGAUAUUUUGACCUCAGAUAUUUGAUUUUACAUUUUAACUGAUUGUAAAAUUUAAACUUGAUAUGACUCGAUAUUACAAAACAAGAAAAUACCUGGUACAUCAAAUGAUAAUGGGUUACAUUCAGAGUUGGAGACAAAUUCAAAAGUUACAUCAAUAUUUAUAUGAGGAAAAUUGCAUUACAUGGCUUGCCAAGGUUAUACAAGGACUUGAAUUGAUUUUCUGGG